GCACUCCAUACCGCUGAGAGCGCAGAUUAUGUCUCUUAUGAGAAUCGAAUUUGUUGUCCAAUUCCUGAUUUUGAUAGCCGUUCUGUGUUUUCUCCCGCAAGAACCUUAUCGAUCCAUCGUUCUCUCUGAGAUUCCUGAACGUCUCGGUCUUGUGAAAUCUAUUCUUUGUCUCUUAAAAAACAACAAUAUGUGGCGUCUCUGUUUGGCUGCUGCACUCAGUCAAGGAGUGACUGGACCGUGGCUUGCGAUGAUGACAAUGACGUUCGAUGCCAAUAUCACACAAGAAGAAGCGGACAAGUUGGCCUUCUGGACAAUCAUCCUCAGCGGUGCUUUGAGCCUGAUGGCGUCACGACUGACGGACACGUUCGAAGGUCACUUGAAGAUCGCUCUUUACAUCUUGUUGACAACUUCGUCGGCGAUGUCUCUCUGGAUGAUCUUGCUGGAUGAUCAUGUCUUAAUUUUUCACAAGGGCGAGUUGUACGCCGCGGUGAUUCUGGGAAUAUCCGCCAGCUGGUCCACUCCGGCUCUGUUCCUUGAGCUCGCUUCCGAGAUAGCGUUUCCGGUCUCCGAAGCCAUCGUCGGCGGUUACAUGAUCUUCCUGUCAAACCUGGUCGGCGCGAUUUUCUAUCUGUCGUACUUCCUACCGUCGAUGAGUAAGCUGUAUUUUCGCGUAUUAGUCGCAAAUGUUUAGUUUAGUGUUUAUAUAUAUAUAUAUUUUAUAUUUGUCUUCUUCAUAUCUUCAAAUGCAAGACAAACGUUGGUCGACGUAUUGGUUGUUCGCGAGUCUCACGACGGCAACGAUCCUUGUGAUAUACGUUAAGGAGGAUUACA